UCAUACUCUCUCUUUCUUUCUCACUCUUCUCCAUUGAUACAGAAGAACUUAACCCACUUCCUUUUUCUCAUUCUUUCUCUCAAAAAACCCCUUUUUUACCUUUUCCUUUAACACACUCCUUUUUCAAAUAAGUUUGAGUUGAGUCUUGGUGAAGCUAGCUAGCUUCUUAUCAGUAAAGGAUCUUUUUUUUUGUCAAGUCUCUUCUUACUCUGGUAGUUAACAUGGAUAGCUACGAACUGUUACGUCCGAUCAAAUACACCCAACACAAAAACGUUACAACAAUGGUGUCUGUUAAUCCAGUAGUACCGGCAACGGUAAAGUCUAGGAAGCCACAAAACCGGCAAACGACAUCGUUUCCGAAAGUUGUACGGAUAUCAAUGACUGAUCCUGACGCCACUGAUUCUUCCAGUGAUGAAGAGGACGAGUUGUUUGCACGACGUCGGGUUAAGAAGUAUGUGAACGAGGUUAAUAUUCAAACCUCGUGUAAAAAGUUGGUUACUGGUCGGAAAAAGGUUGGUGAGAAUGUACUUCAAGUUAGACAACAGAAGGCGAUGAAGAAUGGUGGUGCUUGUGGUGUUCCGGUGGUGGCGGGUGGUGUGAGAAAGUUUCGAGGAGUACGACAACGGCCGUGGGGAAAAUGGGCGGCUGAAAUUCGGGACCCAGCAAGACGUGUUCGGUUGUGGUUGGGAACAUAUGACACUGCUGAAGAAGCUGCCAUGGUGUACGACAAUGCUGCUAUUAAACUACGUGGGCCCGACGCUUUAACAAAUUUUGUCACACCGCCGGCGAAAGAAACCACGCCGGAAGUCAGUGUUCCGUCAACUUCCGGUUACGAGUCCGGCGCUGAGUCUAACAAUCUUCAGUCUCCCACUUCUGUGUUACGGUUCGAGAGCGAGUCCAACUCGGUCAAGGAAGCAGAGGAAUGUCAAUCCGAUAACGGGUCGGGUCAGGAGAAGUUGGAGUGUCAAACGGGUCGAGAGGAUUCAAGUCAUUUUGGAGAUUUGAUGUACGACCAAUUGGAAUUAGAUGUACCAUAUUUGGAUAAUCAAAUUAGUCUAUUUGAUUAUCCAACACCAGAAGUCUCUCAGAUUGAAGUUGAAUCACCGUUUUUAAACGAGUUCGAAAUACCCGACCCGAUCUAUGUAACAAGCGAGGCUCCAUCUUCAGAUUACGUAACCGAUAACUUUGCAGCAGCGGUGCCGUUCGAGGAUGCACAAAUAUGGGCAACCGAGACGUUGUGGGAUGAAGAUUUUGGAAUGUGUAACGAUAUGAUGCUUGAUGUGACAUCGUCAUCUUUACUAAAAGUGGAUGAUUACUUUCAAGACAUCACCGGCGACUUUCCUCCGGCCGAUGUUCUGAUGACGGGGUGUUUCUGAGGAGUGGUUGGGUUUGGGUCACGGGUCAGCCGACAAAUUUUGCACCGAAAACAGUUUUGUAAAACGACAUCAGUCGUGUAAUAGUAAUAAGAGUAAUAUUAUUACUAUCUAUAAAUUAUUAGGAUAUCUUUUUGAUGUAUCUUCCGAAAAAAGAAGAUUUGAGUGAGUUUUUUCCUUAGAGGUAUAAUAAGACUUGUAUUUUUUUAA